UAGACAAUUAUGAACUACAAUUAUUACAAAGACAAAACAAUCCAUCACUUCCAAAAGUGUGUGUGUGUGUUUUUUUCUUUAAUUUACUUUUGUUUCAUUUCACAUUUCCCUCUCCUGAAAGUGUCUCUGUAUCCCACAGUUUCACUGUAUAUCUCUUAUUUUUUGUCUCUCACAGGUCACGCCUUUCCCGGAAAGCCUCCAACUUUUUUUGUCUAUCUUUGAGGCUUAAGCCUUCCUCUUCCCUUUGCUCUCUCCGCCUCCAAGUUUGCUCUCCACGCAUAUCUCUUCCCCAAGUAAUUUCCCUUCGACUUUCUCGGUCUCCCUCUUUGGACUCUAAUACUCAUUUUAAGUAUCAUUUCCUUUCUAUAUAAGCACAAAAACUGAAACUUUCAAACACAUAACCAAACAAAAUCUUCUCCAGUACUCAAAACCCAAGUUUUUUCUUCAUUAAAAACACCCAAAAAAAAAUGAAACUUUUUGCAUCAGAAUCAUCUUUACUAAUGAGUUCAGCUACUAGUUUUGAUUUUCUCCUAAAACAAAUUUUUCUUCAUGGGUUUUCUCUUUCAUUACACCUGGUUUUAUUGAUUUUCUCGUCAGCCAUAUUGGUAAUGAACAGAGUUAAAGAAGCUGGUGAGGAUGGUUCAAAGGAGAGGUUAAGGCAAAGGAAGGUUUUGUGGUUUAAGCAAACUUUAGCUUGUUGUUUUGUUGUUUCAGCUUUUAAUGUUGUCUUUUGUUUUCUAAGUUAUUUUUAUUGGUAUAGAAAUGGUUGGUCUGAGGAUAAGUUAGUGACUCUUUCUGAUUAUGUGGUCAAAACACUUGCUUGGGGUGCAACGAGUAUUUAUUUGCAUUAUCAAUUCUCCAAUUCCGGCGAACAAAAGAAGUUCCCAUUUUUGUUGAGAAUAUGGUGGGGUUUCUAUUUUUCAAUUUCAUGUUAUUGUCUUGUUAUAGACAUUGUUCUUUUCAAAAAGCAUAUUUCUUUCCCAAGUCAGUAUUUAGUAUCUGAUGUUUUUUCUGUUAUUACUGGUUUGUUCCUAUGUCUUGUGGGGUUUUUUGCAAGAAAUGAGGGUGAGGGUACGCUCCUUGAGGAGCCUCUUUUAAAUGGAGAUUCUAGUGUUAGUAAUGGUGUAGAGUUGAGCAAGAAAAAAGGCGGUGAUACUGUAACCCCAUAUUCAAAUGCUGGUAUUUUCAGCAUUCUUACAUUUUCUUGGAUGGGGCCUCUUAUUGCUGUUGGCAAUAAGAAAACAUUAGACCUUGAGGAUGUUCCUCGGCUAGAUAGCCAUGAUAGUGUGGUUGAGGCUUUUCCAAAAUUUAGAAACAAUCUUGAGGCAGAUGAUAGUGAGGGGAGUGGAGUUACCACGCUUAAGUUGGUGAAGGCACUGUUCUUCUCAGCAUGGAAAGAUGUUCUUUGGACAGCUUUGUUUGCGUUUUUAAACACUGUGGCGUCAUAUGUUGGUCCAUAUCUUAUUGACACUUUUGUUCAGUACCUGAACGGGCAAAGGGAAUUUAAAAAUGAGGGGUAUCUUCUUGCUACUGCUUUCUUUGUUGCAAAGCUAGUAGAAUGUGUGUCGCAGAGGCGCUGGUUUUUUAAGUUGCAGCAAGUUGGACUUAGGCUGAGAGCAGUAUUGGUAGCAAUGAUUUAUAACAAGAGUUUAACCCUGUCGUGCCGGUCAAAGCAGAGCCACACCAGUGGGGAGAUCAUCAAUUUCAUGACUGUUGAUGCAGAAAGGGUGGAUGACCUUAGUUGGUACAUGCAUGAGCCAUGGUUGGUAGUUUUGCAAGUUGCUUUGGCCUUGUUCAUCUUGUAUAAAACCCUUGGGCUAGCAUCCAUUGUUGCUUUUGUUGCUACAGUACUUGUUAUGUUGGCAAAUAUUCCCUUGGGGAGAAUGCUAGAGAAGUUUCAGGACAAGUUGAUGGAAUCAAAGGAUAGAAGGAUGAAGACAACAUCUGAAAUUUUGAGGAACAUGAGAAUUCUCAAACUUCAGGGGUGGGAAAUGAAGUUUCUUUCAAAGAUUUUCGAGCUCAGAAAUGUUGAGGAAGGAUGGUUAAAAAGAUUCGUUUAUACAAAUGCCAUGACUAGUUUUGUUUUCUGGGUUGCACCCUCGUUUGUGUCUGUAGCCACUUUUGGAGCUUGUACGAUUUUAGGAGUCCCACUUGAGUCAGGAAAGAUCCUAUCUGCACUUGCAACAUUCAGGAUUCUUCAAGAGCCGAUCUACAAUCUUCCGGACACAAUUUCAAUGAUAGCUCAGACAAAGGUGUCUCUUGAUAGAAUUGCUUCCUUCCUCCGGCUUGAUGACUUGCAGCCUGAUGUUAUAGAGAAGCUUCCAAGAGGUAGUUCUGAUACAGCAAUUGAGAUUGCUGAUGGGAAUUUCUCUUGGGAUUUGUCUUCUCCCACUGCAACACUAAAAGAUAUAAAUUUGAAAGUUUGCCAUGGUAUGAGUGUUGCUGUUUGUGGUACAGUUGGCUCUGGCAAGUCGAGUUUACUUUCCUGUAUUUUGGGGGAAUUACCCAAGAUAUCCGGAACUCUUAAGUUGUGUGGUACAAAAGCCUAUGUUGCUCAGUCGCCUUGGAUACAAAGUGGCAAGAUUGAAGAUAACAUAUUGUUUGGUAGGGAAAUGGACGGAGAGAGGUAUGAUAGAGUGCUUGAAGCUUGUACCCUCAAGAAGGAUCUUGAAAUUCUUCCUUUUGGAGAUCAGACUGUUAUAGGCGAGAGGGGAAUCAAUUUGAGUGGUGGACAGAAGCAAAGAAUACAGAUUGCACGUGCUCUAUACCAAGAUGCAGAUAUCUAUCUGUUUGAUGAUCCUUUCAGCGCUGUGGAUGCUCACACAGGAUCUCAUUUAUUUAAGGAGGUUUUACUAGGCAUUUUGAGUUCAAAAACAGUGAUUUAUGUCACUCAUCAAGUUGAGUUUUUACCAGCUGCUGAUCUAAUCUUGGUCAUGAAAGAUGGCAGGAUAGCACAAGCUGGAAAGUAUAAUGAUAUUCUGAAUUCAGGGACUGACUUUAUGGAACUUGUGGGUGCACAUAAGAAAGCAUUGUCAGCCCUUGAUACUGUUGAGGCAGGAUCUGUUUCUGAAAAAAGUAUGAGUGAAGGAGAUAGUGCUAUUGAAAGUGUUAAUCAGAAAGUGCAGAAAGAAGAAAACCAAAGUAAUGAGAAUGGUAAAGUAGAUGACGUCAGGCCAAAAGGACAGCUUGUUCAAGAAGAAGAGCGAGAAAAAGGGAAAGUUGGGUUUUCAGUCUACCGGAAAUAUAUCACAACAGCAUAUGGAGGAGCCCUUGUGCCUUUAAUAUUGCUGGGGCAGAUUCUCUUUCAGAUGUUUCAAAUUGGUAGCAACUAUUGGAUGGCUUGGGCAUCCCCCGUGUCAGCAGAUGUCAAACCUCCAGUAGGGAGCUUUACACUGAUAGUUGUCUAUUUAGCUUUGGCCAUUGCAAGUGCCUUUUCUGUCUUUGCCAGAGCCAUGCUUCUUAAUACAGCUGGAUACAAAACAGCCACUCUUCUCUUUAAAAAGAUGCAUUUAUGCGUCUUCCGUGCUCCUAUGGCCUUCUUUGAUUCCACGCCGAGUGGAAGAAUUCUCAACAGAGCUUCUACAGAUCAAAGUGCAGUGGAUAUGAACAUUCAUUAUCAAGUUGGGGCAGUCGCCUUUUCAGUUAUUCAGCUACUUGGAAUCAUUGCAGUCAUGUCUCAGGUUGCUUGGCAGAUCUUUAUCAUUUUUAUUCCUGUGAUUGCUACCUGCAUUUGGUACCAGCAAUAUUACAUAUCUUCUGCAAGAGAACUCGCACGGCUGGUUGGAGUAUGCAAAGCUCCAGUAAUACAGCAUUUUGCCGAAACAAUUUUGGGAGCAACAACUAUCAGGAGCUUUGAUCAAAAAUCCAGAUUCCAAGAGACAAACAUGAUACUGACUGACUCAUAUUCUCGCCCAAAAUUUCAUGUUGCGGGUGCAAUGGAAUGGCUGUGCUUCCGCCUGGACUUAUUGUCUUCUAUUACUUUUGCCUUCUCUUUGUUCUUUUUGAUCUCUAUACCAGAGGGAGUUAUUGAUCCCGCCAUUGCGGGGUUAGCUGUAACGUAUGGACUCAAUCUAAAUAUAUUGCAAGCUUGGGUAGUAUGGAAUAUUUGCCAGAUGGAGAAUAAAAUCAUAUCUGUUGAGAGAAUACUUCAGUACAGUAGUAUCCCUAGUGAGCCUUCUCUAGUGAUAGAAACUAAUCACCCUGCCAAUUCUUGGCCAUCUAAUGGAGAAGUUCACAUUCGUGAUCUGCAGGUGCGGUAUGCCCCACACAUGCCACUCGUCUUGCGAGGUCUGACAUGCACAUUUCCUGGAGGGUUCAAAACUGGCAUUGUAGGGAGAACAGGCAGUGGUAAAUCAACUCUCAUCCAAACACUUUUUCGGAUUGUUGAACCAGCAGCAGGCCAGAUUAUAAUUGAUGGUCUCAAUAUCUCAUCAAUUGGACUGCAUGAUUUGCGGUCAAGACUCAGCAUUAUUCCUCAGGAUCCUACCAUGUUUGAAGGGACUAUUCGAAGCAAUUUGGACCCUCUUGAAGAGUACACAGACAAACAGAUUUGGGAGGCAUUGGAUAAGUGCCAACUGGGGGAUGAAGUUAGAAAAAAGGAAGGCGGGCUAGAGUCUUCAGUUAGUGAAAAUGGAGAGAAUUGGAGCAUGGGUCAGAGGCAGCUGGUCUGUCUUGGGCGUGUGCUGCUCAAGAAAAGUAAAAUCCUAGUGCUUGAUGAAGCUACAGCCUCGGUUGAUACAGCUACUGAUAAUCUGAUUCAGACAACCCUAAAGGAGCACUUCGCUGACUGUACGGUCAUAACGAUUGCCCACCGGAUAACUUCGGUUCUUGAUAGUGAUAUGGUUCUGCUUCUGAGUCAUGGACUUAUUGAAGAAUAUGAUUCUACCGCUAGAUUGCUAGAAAACAAGUCUUCAUCAUUUUCACAGCUUGUGGCAGAGUACACUGUGAGAUCUAAUUCAAGUUUGGGGAAGUUCGACUGAAUUAGAUCAUGACGAAAAUUAAAUAUUAUAUUUUUUAUAAAAAAAAAAAGUGUUACUCAUUAGGCAUGUAAUAGUGGAUGUUUUGUACAGCACAAGCCUGGCCGUUUGCUGACUUCAAUAAACAGUAGUAAUAUAUUUUCUUUUAAGGUUUUUUGUUCCAUUAGCAAUUUUGCUUGCUAGGAAUCUUUGUUGGUGCAUAAAACCAAAGAAAUGCUGAAAAUAUAAAUGAAAUCAAGGAUUUUCUUUUCCAGGAACUGUUCAAACAAUCUGAAAGAAAAAUCAUUGAAAGCAUACUCAUUUGUAGUUUGCAUAUAUAGCUAGUUAAACUCCAAGGCCAGUUCCAUGUUCAAUGAACUGGUGAAUUUUUCCAGGUACUACAUCACCAAAGUCUGAUAUUCGUUGAUCUUUCUGUCGAUCAUUAUUUUAUUCAGUCUGUCAUCAAACUUAUCAAACCUUUAGAUUAGUUUCAAUAUUUCACUAUGUUAUGAAUAGUAACUUGUAAGAAUCAAUAAAAAAUUUU